AUGAAAGACUUACAUGCCACUUUAAAGCCACAAAAGGCAGCUUUAACCCCAUUAGAGGAACCCACACUUCAAAAAGCAAUAGAAGAAGGAACUAAUAACAAAGUGGAAGAAUGUCAGGAACAAUCUACUCAGACCUUUAAUACUCAAAGCUUGACCUUAUUUAAAGACUUGACAACUACAACAGCAACAGAAACUGAUCAAAGCAAUGCUAAGAUGGAACUUCCAGAGGAUUUACGACAAUACACUGAGAUUUCAGAUAAUCUAGAUGAUCCAAAAACAACUACAACAUCGAACAUGAAUCUUCAUUUACUUCAGUUGAAAUUAGAAGAAGAUCAAUCUGAACGCAUGAUAAACACAUUAACUCAGAUAUGGAGAUUUAAAUCAUUGGGUCAACAAUUUAACGACUCAAGAAUUAACACCUCAGUUGUACAGCUUAUUCCUUGCAUGCAUAAUGUUCUAGUUUCCGUGCUGAUAACUCCAACUAAAAAUGAAUUGGCAGACCCCUGUUUGAAGCCUCCUCUGCAAAAGAAGAUUGGCAUUUCUCUCAAAGAAAAAGCUGAAUCUCUCACUUCUAUCUCCUUGUCUUUUGAACAGCUGAGAGCUAAACAUCGGGCUGAGUUGCAAUCUCUAAGGACAAAAACUGGAAUUGCUUUGCUAUAUGAUGAAAUAUCUGAAAAUGCCUAUGAAAUCCGAUUGAAGCUUUCAAAAGAGGUACUAACAAUUCAAAAACAAGAUGUCAUCUGUGUUAGUGGAAGUGUUCCCAAUGCAAAUCACAGAACCGUUAAACUUCGUAGACAACCAGUUGGCGGCUUGGGCUUAAGUAUAAAGGGUGGUGCUGAGCACAAAGUGCCUGUUGUUAUAUCAAAAAUACUUAAAGACCAAGCAGCAGACCAGUCAGGAAUGCUAUUUAUUGGAGAUGCUGUAAUACAGGUUAACGGUAUAAGUGUAGAAGGCGCUACCCAUGAAGAAGUGGUGCAACUACUGCGAAAUGCUGGCGAUGAAGUUGCCAUCUCCGUUCAAUACCUCAGGGAAGCACCAUCAUUUCUAAAGCUCCCAUUGGGUAAGGGGAAAUUAACAGAUAUCUCCACCUACUAUAUCAGCCCAAUAUUCAGUCUGUAUUUACUGUUAUUUUCUAUUUAUUCUGGUCAGGCACCAUCAUCACCUUCUUCACCCACAGCUAAUGAACCAAAAUAUGAGAAGCGUUGGCUGGAUACCUUAUCAGUUCCUUUAUCAAUGGCUCGAAUUUCGAGGUACAAAGCUGGAACAAAUAAAUUAAGAUCUAAUGCAUUUGAAGUACUGGCACUCGAUGGAAUUAGCACUGGGAUACUUCAGUUUUGUUCAGCGCAGGAGAGUGCUGACUGGCUGCGAGCAUUAUCAACUAACAUCAGUGAUUUGACACUACAAAAUAUGAAGAUGGCCAACAAAUGCUGUUCUGCCUCAGACCAGGUGAUACAUAUGGGGUGGGUGAAUGAGAGACUCCAGGGAGAAGAUUCCCCCCAACUGUAUACAUUCAAGUUCCUGGCACUGAAGGGUUCAUCAUUCUAUAUUUUCAGCACCCCACCGGUAAGCACAUUAGACUGGAUACGAGCUGAAAAAACCUAUAACCUCUGUGAGGUUCUAUUUAAAAUUCACAAGCUCUGGCUCAAUAAUGACUGUUGGCUACAAGCAAAUUUAUAUUUGGGUAUUCACCAAGACUAUGAACUUGAAGACCAGAGACCAUAUUGUUUCAGUGCUGUGGUUGGACAUGGCAAGAGUCAUUAUUUCAACGUGGAACUGGGAAGUGAGCUGGCAAUAUGGGAGAAAUCAUUUCAAAGAGCAAUCUUUUUGGAAGUUCAGAGAACAAGGUCUAAAACCUAUAUGUGUUCCUGGCAAGGACAAAGUCUGUGUUUCACCUUAGAUUUUGCUGUGGGAUUCACAUGUUUUGACAAUAAAACAAAGAAGAUUCUCUGGAGAUUUAAAUUUUCUCAGCUCAAGGGGUCAUCAGAUGAUGGAAAAACUCGAGUUAAACUUCUUUUUCAGAAUAUUGAAACAAAACAAAUUGAGACAAAGGAACUAGAAUUUCAGGAUUUGACAGCAGUUUUAAACUGCAUUCAUUCAUUUAUAGCUGCUAAAGUUGCAUCGGUGGAUCCAUCAUUUAUAGACAGCCAGUUCAUUGCAAGAAAAUAUACUUACAGUAAUUAA